ACAGAUGGUAACUGUACUACAAGCGGCAGGAACGGAAGAAUUUGGCGCAGAAGUACUUUUAUUUCUCCAAACUUGACUGGAACGUUUAGCCUGAGAGGAGCUGGGGGCGGCUCACUGUCCACGUUCUGACACUCACUGGAGUCUACGUUCAACUGACGGGAUCUGCUGUCAAGGCGAGAGGUGGCCAUGCCGUUUGGCUGUUUAACAAUCGGAGAAAAGAAGGAUUACCACAGUCCUUCGGAUGUGACGGACAAAUAUGACCUGGGCCCAAUUGUUAAAUCGGAGGAGUUUUGCGAGAUUUUCAGGGCCAAGGACAAAACUACGAUGAAAAUGUAUACAUGUAAAAAGUUCCUGAAAAAGGACGGGCGAAAAGUCCGCAAGGCUGCCAAAAAUGAGAUCCUCAUCCUAAAGAUGGUGAGGCAUCCUAAUAUUCUGCAACUGGUUGACGUCUUCGAGACCAAAAAGGAGUACUUCCUCUUCCUCGAACUGAAUUGGUUGGAGAACUUGGUGUACUACAACCGCCUAAAGCACUCCAAAAUAGUCAUCAGUGACUUCCAUCUUGCUAAGCUGGAGAACGGACUAAUCAAAGAUCCCUGUGGGACCCCAGAAUACUUGGCUCCUGAGGUGGUUGGCAGACAGCGGUAUGGCAGACCAGUGGACUGCUGGGCAACAGGUGUCAUUAUGUACAUACUUCUGUCAGGCAACCCUCCUUUCUAUGAUGAAACGGAUGAUGAUGAUUAUGAAAACCAUGACAAGAACCUGUUCCGAAAGAUUCUCGCAGGCGAUUAUGAGUUUGACUCACCGUACUGGGAUGAGAUCUCUGAUUCAGCCAAGAAUCUGGUAGCUCGUUUGAUGGAGGUGGAUCAAGACCAGAGACUGACAGCUCAGGAAGCUAUAAACCAUGAAUGGAUCUCCGGUGGUGCAGCUUCAGAUAAGAACAUCAAGGAACAUGUAUGUGCACAGAUAGAGAAGAACUUUGCUAGGGCUAAAUGGAAGAAAGCUGUGCGAGUCACCACCAUCAUGAAGAGACUAAGGGUACCUGAACAGAGCGAGUCAAGGUCCACUGGCCCUGCAGUGGGCUCCCCAGCAGACCCUGCAGCUCCACAGGCUGCCACUGACUCCACUGUGCCAUCAUCCGCCGCUCUGCUCGAGGGCACCCAGGCAGCUGCAACAGAGCUGUUGGCUGGAGGAGAAGCAAGUCGUCCGGCUCCACCCUCAGCUGAGGAGCCACAGCGGCUGAAUCCGGAUCCGCAGGGAGCUGAGGCCACAUCACGGUGCAACGGUGAAGCUCCUGCUGCACUUCAUGCAGCUGCAGAGGCAAUGAACGAGCAGGGUUGA